AUGUCUGGUUCGAAGUCUCGGUUAUCUGGCCUACUUGGUCAUCUUACAGGUUCAACGCCGCCGUCUGAACACCGUGUUGAUACCCAUACGUUAUCCCCGACUUUCUUUCUUCCUCGUGCUGCUGCCAUUGAACCUAAUGUGAACUCAUUGCAAGCUGAGGCAAUCUAUCAUGUAACUGCCAACAACAAGAUCCUUCGCAGGGGCUACGGCGAAACUGCAGACCGAGCAAGGGGGUUGGCGUACUACCUCAAAAAACGCGGGUUCGGUAGAGUGGGUAUUCUCUGCCCGAAUACCCCAGCAUUCCUCGAGUCAAUUUUUGGAAUCGCUGCAGCUGGUGCUGUCAACAUUGCUGUCAACUAUCGCCUUAAACCUGAUGACAUUGCUUAUAUAUUUGAUCAUGGUGAUGCAGACGUGAUCAUCGUUGACAAGGAAUUUAUUCCACUUCUGGAGAACUAUCGAUCCCAGUGCCCCAACACCCCUAUUAUCGUAGAUACCGACACUGAUGCGACAGAGGGUGAGCUCACAGGUCCCUUCGAUGAGGCUGUUUUGGAAGGCCUCAGGUACGACAUCGAUACAUGUUCUAAGGGUUGGGAAGGGCUCGAGAGUCAAGCUGCUGAUGAAGAUUCCACAAUUGCGUUGGCAUAUACCAGCGGGACUACAGCCCGUCCCAAGGGCGUUGAGUUCACUCAUCGGGGCUGUUAUCUGGCAACAUUGGGAAACCUCAUUGAAAGUGGCCUGAAUUACCACCGUGAACGUGCCCGUUAUCUAUGGACGCUACCCAUGUUUCACGCUAUGGGCUGGACGUUUCCAUGGGCAGUGACAGCUGUUCGUGGAACCCAUUAUUGCCUACGCAAGAUAGACUACCCCGAAAUCUGGAGAUUGCUGAAAGAGGAACAUAUCACUCAUUUCAAUGCUGCACCAACUGUGAACACCUUGUUAUGCAAUGCGAAGGAAGCAGAGAGACUGCCCGAGGCUGUCCGUGUCACAGUGGCAGCAAGCCCGCCUACGCCCCAUCUCUUCGAACAGAUGUCCAACCUAAACUUGCAUCCUGUCCAUGUUUAUGGAAUGACGGAGACAUACGGCCCGAUUACCAAAGGCUACUAUUUGCCAGAAUGGGACGCGCUUCCUCUCAAGGAGAAAUACCAGAUGAUGGCCCGCCAAGGCCACGGCUUUAUCACAAGCCUUCCAGCUCGGAUCAUCAAGACCGAAGUGCCUGAAGGGACAAUCGUCGAUGUUCGCAAGGAUGGCCAGGAAAUCGGUGAGAUUGUUUUUGUUGGAAAUAUCUGUGCCCGAGGAUACUACAAGGACCCCGAGGCAACUCGGAAACUAUUUGCGGGAGGUGUUUUGCACUCCGGAGACUUGGCUGUCUGGCAUCCCGAUGGUGCAAUUCAGAUUCUUGAUCGUGCAAAGGAUAUCAUCAUCAGCGGCGGUGAAAAUAUUUCCUCUGUUGCGCUUGAGUCUAUGCUAGCCAUGCAUCCUGAUAUUUUGGAGGCUGGUGUCGUUUCUGUUCCUGACUCCCAUUGGGGCGAACGCCCCAAAGCCUUUGUUACAGUGAAAGAAGGCAAGAGCUUACAAGGCUCAGAUGUGAUUGACUGGGCUCGAAAUGUUAGCGGAAUCAGCAAGUUUAUGAUUCCUCGGGAAGUGGAAGUAGUUAUUGAACUACCCAAGACCAGCACUGGCAAAAUCCGGAAGAAUAUCUUGCAUGAUUGGGUGAAGGGUUCGAGAGAAGCUUAG